UUAUAUUUCAGUUUAGUUGAAUAUCAUAAGCAGAAUCCCAUCCUGCUGUCGAAAACAUUUGUCAUGAUGAGAGUCUACGUGGAAAUAAAGUUCUUAUCGAUGCUGUUCAAUAUGUUGCUAUGCUUGUGUGAAGCACUCGUGAACUCAACGGUAUUCACUCCAUACGUUAUCGACUGUCCAAUUGUACCUCUACCGGAAGGGAAUUCAUUUUGCCAGUGUGACCCUCCAAACAUCACAGUUACAUCUGCCGACUUGCUUCCAGAAUUCGAUUACGUCAGUUGCAAACUGACACAGGAUUUGAUCAGCGAAACAAAUCCAAACGCAUUCUGUUUUCCACGAUCCAGGAAGGUAUACGUUGACUGCUCCUGGAACAACUCUCUCAGUUAUCACGACCUCUUAAAGAGUGUGGAAAAGGAAAGUGGCGACAUUGCGGAGGAAGUUCAAGCCGUUGGCGAUAUCAAUUGUUUUGCACCAUUUGCCCUGACGGCAGACACAUAUGAACAUUUACCGGGUCUGCAGAAAUUAAACUUCUUUUUCGAGGAUGUAACGAUCAGGCCUUAUGCCUUUUCUCCAAUCACGAACCUUGAGGUACUUUCACUGAUUCAUCUUGAUUUGAAGUCACUUCACCCGGAAGUGUUUAGAGGUUUGACACAUCUUCGGCAACUAAGUCUCUGGGACAAUAACCUUAGAGAACUCCCUGAUGGGAUCUUUAAUGACCUUCAGGACUUGCAGGAUCUGUCCCUCAUGAGCAAUAACAUUGUGCACAUUUCUCGUAACCUGCUGAGACCCCUUGAAUUUUUAAACAGGUUGUUUCUGAAUAACAACAACAUUUCCUCAAUACACCCCGAUGCGUUUAGGCCUUUAAGGUCUCUUGAAGAAGUUGAUCUGUCGUUUAACAAUCUGGAUGGAGAGUUGCGACUAAGCUUCCUUUCGACUAGGAAGCUUUCCCUUUCACACAAUUCACUGACUAAAUUUUCAGAGGAUACUAUUGUAGGUGGCCGGGGACACACUGUCUCAUUAGACUUGUCAUAUAACUUUAUAACGUCCAUUACCGAAAAGGUGUUUCAUACGGAUUAUUUACUUUCACCGCUUUUGUCAGUGAACCUUAAUAACAACCGUCUCGAAUCAUUGCCAAAGAAUAUCUUACGAUGGGGAAGGAGGUUAACAGUAGUCGACUUAAGUUACAACUCUUUAGAGACUCUCCCCAACGGAUUAUUUGAUAUUCGGUCGAACCCUCUUGGCAAGCUGAGACUGGCUGGAAAUCAGUUGGUGGUGAAACUAAGUGGUAACCCUUUCUCCUGCGACUGCCGUCUAUCUUGGUUUCGUCUAUACGACGGUCAGGAUGUAUGGAUAAGUGAUCAUGAUGACAUCGAGUGCUUUUCUCCACCGAAACUGCAAGGAUUAUCUUUAUUUUCAGUAAAUCCAAAUCAGUUCGAGUGCCCUUUGCCGGAUUCGGCGUGUCCAAAACCAUGUAAAUGUUACGAAACUGUGAGUAUUCAAGGAAUCGAUCGUACACCACACAAAAUGAUUUUUGUCGAAUGCAAAUAUGCAAAUUUUUCUCAUAUACCCCUUGGUAUACCAAUUAAUACCUCAUCAUUAGAGUUUACAGGAAAUAAGUUGAAAACUCUUCGUGAAACAAUGCUGAAUACUCGUUUGUCAAUGUUAAAAAACUUGACGUUUUCGAUGUGUAACAUUGAGAAAAUAGAAAGUGGGGCAUUUAGGACAUUGAACUCAGUAUUGUCAUUAAAACUUGAUGGAAACAAUUUCAAUGUCACAAAAGGGAUAUUCCAAGGAUUGACACAGCUUAAUACAUUAUAUUUAAACAAUAGUUCCAUCAGAACAAUCGCUGAAGGGGUCUUUCUGGAUACGCCAAGUUUAACCCAGGUUUACCUUCACGGGAAUCUCCUAACCGUUCUUCCUGCCUCACAUUCUCUCCCCAAAAGCCUCGAAAUAAUGAGCCUCCAGCAUAACCCACUUGUUUGUAGCUGUAACUUGAUUCCAUAUCAGGGGUUGACCAGGUACACUCCCGGUGUUGUCGGUAACGCUACAUGUAAGCAGAAGGGUAACGCAUUCGUGAUAUUAGGACAGGUCAACCCAUCUUACUGUACGAAGGGCGGGAUAAAUCCAAUCCACACCGUGCUCAUAUCACUUGGAGCUAUAACCGGUGUCAUCUCAGUGGUGUUCAUUUGCUUUGUAAUCUACAAAAAGAACGAAACACUGAUCAAGCUCAUGUUAUUAGAAUACUUUCCUGAAGACCUGUCGGAGGAGGAUGCAAAUAAACCCUUUGAUGUAUUCAUAUCUUACAGCCAACUUGACGAUGAAUUUGUGCUUCGUUACCUGGUGCCUCUAUUGGAGAACGAAGAAGAGGCUUCCUAUUCGAUAUGCCUCCACCAUCGUCAUUUCAUCCCAGGAGACACAAUCGCAAACAAUAUUGUCAGCGCCGUGGCGCAAAGUCGUCGUGUCAUCUUGGUAUUGUCCAAAAACUUCCUUGAGAGUGACUGGUGCAUGUAUGAGUUCCGCAUGGCUCAUCUUCAAGCGUUGCAGGAUCGUCGUAACACGUUGCUCAUCAUCACUCUUGGAGAUAUCUGCGAAGACAGCCUCGAUCCGGACCUGAAGGCACACGUAAAAACUACAACCUAUCUUGAGUCAUCUGAUUCAAAAUUCAAAUACAAACUCUUCUUAGCUCUUAAACGAGGACGUUUAAGACGAAGAACAUCACAUGAUAUGAAACUAGUUGAUCUACAUGCUAAGUGACUUCGUCUCUUUCACGGAUCUAUAUUAUAAACAACAUUGGUGAUACUUAAUGCAGCGUUUAAGAGGUGUUGGUAUGUAAGAAUUUAAUAUUUACUUUGUAUCUAAAUGCAUUCAUGCUGUAUGAGACUGUUAUCUAAAUCCGUCCAUGGUUACAGGUCAUGUAUGCAAACAUUUUGUCUCUGGUUUUUUGUCUGAAGAGUAGGUUAUUCUGAAAGUCAGUUCACGACAGGUCGUUUCUUGUUCAAUUUUCUGAGGUUUCAUUCAGUUCGUCAUGAAAUAAAAUAAGGCUCAAUGAUACCCCGGUCAAAUGCUUGAUCUUUAAAAACAAAAUACGUUUUCCAUAUAUAGAAUAAGACUUUGUCCGAAAGAGGCCAUAAAUAAAGGUAAAACAUUGGUAAAAGAGUACCUUAUGGCCGUGCGUAUUG